UUCAGUGUUCUGAUGAUUAUCCUAGUUCUACUGGAAGGUGGAGCUGCUGGAGCGAUGGCUGGUACAAUGAAUAUGUGGAUGGAAGAUCAGGUGACUAUGCUUAAAAAACGUUUUCAAAUGAAUUACCGUGGGACACUCGGUGCAUUCCCUGUUUCCGAAUUCGAUGCAUACUCAUUGAACAUGGAUAGAAUGAUGAUUUCACUUGAAUGUUGUGGAGUGAUUGGUAAUGGCGAUUUUUCUGAUACAGAGUCACUUUGGUAUAAGGAAGGUCGAAAAUAUACUGACGGAAGUGGUCCAGAUGACAUAAAAAUUCCACCAGCUUGCUGUAAAUAUACUUCAAAAGAUUUCAUGAGCAAAGGUGAUUACAAUGCUUUUCAAAAUAACCUGGUAGAUCAAAGUUGUGUCAAAACACUAGAAGAAUCAAAUACGGUUGGUUGUUUAGUUGCAGCAAAAACUAGAAUGCAAGAGAAAGGUCUACCAUACCUAGCUAUUCCAAGUAUAAUCGUUGCAUUACAGCUUGCUACUAUUGUGCUCUCCAUUUAUUUGGUUUGCAAACUUAAGAAAUGGAAUAAUGAACUUUACUCUUAAAUGAAUCCAUUUCUCUUGCAAUAAGAUAAUAACACACCUGUAUGUACAAAAUUGAAAUGAAAUUGUGGAAAGAAGAGAUCUUUUGUCUUUUAUUUGUUUUGAUCAAUAAGUAUGCACUCAACAAUUGUAUUAAAAUUUCGUUCAAAAGAAAAGAAAACAGCCAUCAAUUGGUUCGUUGUUAUCAGAAUGAAUGAAAAGUGGAAAAAUCAGUUAAAACAGUGGACACAACUUUCUUUGAUAAUAUUAUUUCUUCGCAAUAAAAAAGAAAUUGAAUCAAUUUUUUUUCGUUUCACUAACCUUAACCGCCACAUGUGCAAAUAUAUGUGUUUGUGUGUAUUGAUGUGAGUGCAUACUUGUUUUACUUUUUCAAGUUAGUUCUAUCUAUUUUGCAGUCUUUUUUAAUUAAAGUAUUCAAACUUUUCGUUUUUAUUUUGAUUGGCUGUAAUGAGUUUUGUUGUUGUUGUUGUUAUUGUGUAAUUGCAUAAAAGUGUAAAAGCAUUUUUAUGUUACUUACUCCUUUGACCUCUUAUAUAUGCUUCAUUUUCAAAAUAAUUGAUUUUCUGUAAUAAUCUUAUGUCAUUUCAAAUAUACAUAUUGUGUCUCAAGACCAUGGAAUUCAAUAUGAUUGUUCU